AUGCCUGCUAACACAGUUGGACACGAAGAAGAAUUAGUUUCUCUCACUAGGAAUGCAAAGAUUGCGGACGAAAAUGAGGCUCCAAGUUCAGUUCCUGCCAGUUCACACCGAAAACCAUUGGGAACCAGUCUCUUGCAGAAUGUUGUAUCUGCACAAGAUGCAAAGAAAGAUGAACAUUUAAAAGAGGCAGUAAAACCUACCAAGGCAGCUCGCAACAGUCACCUAGACGAACCUCUGCUAAGGGAAAACCCUGGCAGAUUCGUCAUAUUCCCCAUCCAGUACCAUGACAUCUGGCAGAUGUACAAAAAAGCGGAGGCAUCUUUCUGGACGGCCGAGGAGGUCGACCUCUCCAAGGAUCAAGACCACUGGGAGAAACUCAAGCCAGAGGAGAAACAUUUCAUCUCUCACGUCUUGGCCUUCUUUGCUGCUAGUGAUGGCAUUGUCAAUGAAAAUUUAGUGGAGCGGUUCAGUAAAGAGGUCCAGGUGACUGAAGCCAGAUGCUUCUAUGGAUUCCAGAUUGCCAUGGAGAAUGUUCACAGUGAAAUGUACAGCCUGCUUAUUGAUACUUAUGUCAAGGAUAAAACAGAAAGGGAGUUUCUCUUCAAUGCUAUUGAAACAUUACCAUGUGUGACCAAGAAGGCAGACUGGGCUAUCAAAUGGAUUGGUGAUGACAAGGCUCCUUACAGUGAACGAGUGGUGGCUUUUGCUGCAGUGGAGGGCAUCUUUUUCUCCGGAUCCUUUGCAGCAAUUUUCUGGCUGAAGAAACGUGGAAUCAUGCCUGGGCUUACUUUCAGCAAUGAACUUAUUAGCCGAGACGAGGGUUUGCACUGUGAUUUUGCCUGCCUCAUGUUCAAGCACCUGGUCAACAAACCAUCACAAGAGAAGGUGUAUGAGAUCAUUCGAGACGCUGUCCAGAUUGAGCAGGAGUUCCUCACGGAUGCCCUCCCUUGUAACCUCAUUGGCAUGAACUGUGACCUUAUGAAGAUAUAUAUAGAGUUUGUGGCGGACAGACUUCUUGUGGAGCUAGGCUUUGGGAAGAUUUACAACUCUGAGAAUCCCUUUGACUUCAUGGAGCACAUAUCUUUAGAAGGCAAGACAAACUUUUUUGAAAAGAAAGUUGGAGAAUACCAGAAAAUGGGAGUGAUGAACAAAACCACUACAAGUCAUACAUUUUCCCUUGAUGAGGAUUUCUGA